UAUAAAGCACCGCCUUCACAAUGAACAAUCACAAGGACAACCACAUACAUCUACCUGCCCCCCAGCAUGGACACAGUCGAACGAGCGGCCAUCCGGCAAGAUGAGCAGAAACACAUACCCGCAGACUCGAACGAUGAUCUCGACGUCGAGAAAGCUACCAAACUACCACAUAACCCACCAUGCGCAAACACCCCCUCCGCAGCCGACCUCCCCCCUCUCCGCGGCCUCUCCUUCCUCGACCGCUUCCUCGUCCUCUGGAUCAUCCUCGCCCUCGCAAUCGGCAUCAUCCUCGGCAACCUCGUCCCCAGCACCGGACCCGCCCUCCAACGCGGCCAGUUCGUCGGCGUCAGCAUCCCCAUCGCCAUCGGCCUCCUCGUCAUGAUGUACCCAAUCCUCUGCAAAGUCCGCUUCGAAUCCCUCCACCUCCUGCUCCGCACCCGCACCCUCUGGCUCCAUCUCGCCCUCUCAUUCCUCCUAAACUGGAUCAUCGCCCCCUUGUUCAUGGUCGCUCUGGCAUGGGCCUUCCUGCCCGACCGCCAGGACCUGCGCGAGGGCCUCAUCUACGUCGGCAUCGCGCGCUGCAUCGCCAUGGUGCUCAUCUGGACCGACCUCGCCGGCGGCGACGCAGACUACUGCGCCGUCCUCGUCGCCGCAAACAGCAUCCUCCAGAUCGUCCUCUUCGCCCCCUUUGCCGUCUUCUACAUCCGCGUCGUCUCCCACUCGCGCUCCGCCGUCACAGUCAGCUACGACCGCGUCGCUACCAGCGUCGCCGUCUUCCUCGGCAUCCCCCUUGCCGCCGCCGUCCUCACCCGUUUCGUCCUCCUCCGUAUUCUCGGCAGCGAGGCCGCGUACCAGCGCCGCUUCAUCCGCUAUAUUGCGCCCUUUAGCUUGCUCGGCUUGCUAUACACCAUUGCCGUGCUCUUCGCGUCGCAGGGCGCGCAUGUCGUCGGGCAAAUCACGUCCGUGCUGCGCGUCUGUGCGCCCUUGGUCGUCUAUUUCCUCGUUAUUUUCGGUGUGACGGUGGGGCUGUGCUGGAAGCUCGGGUUUGGGUAUCGCGUGAGUUGUACGCAGAGCUUUACGGCGGCGAGUAAUAAUUUUGAACUUGCCAUUGCCGUUGUGGUUGCGGUAUAUGGGGCGGGGAGUGGGCAGGCGUUGGCUGCGACGGUGGGGCCGUUGAUCGAGGUUCCGGUGCUGGUUGCGCUGGUUUAUGUGGUGAGGUGGGUGAGGGGGAGGGUCGGGUGGAAGGAUUAG